AUGGGGGAAUGGACCAUCUUAGAGAGGCUGCUGGAAGCCGCCGUACAGCAACAUUCCACUAUGAUUGGGAGGAUCCUGCUGACAGUGGUGGUGAUCUUCCGCAUCCUCAUCGUGGCCAUAGUGGGUGAGACAGUGUAUGAUGAUGAGCAGACCAUGUUUGUGUGCAAUACCCUGCAGCCAGGCUGCAACCAAGCCUGCUAUGACAGAGCCUUCCCCAUCUCUCAUAUACGCUACUGGGUCUUCCAGAUCAUCAUGGUGUGCACCCCUAGCCUCUGCUUCAUCACCUACUCAGUGCACCAGUCUGCCAAACAGAGGGAACGCCGUUACUCUACUGUCUUCCUCGCCCUGGACAGGGACCCUCCUGAGUCGAUUGGGGGUCCUGGAGGAGCUGGGGGUGGGGGCAGUGGUGGGGGCAAGCGCGAAGACAAUAAGAAGCUGCAAAAUGCCAUUGUAAAUGGAGUACUACAGAACACAGAAAAUACUAGCAAGGAGAAUGAGCCAGACUGUCUAGAGGUUAAGGAGUUGGCCCCACACCCAUCAGGGCUGCGCACAGCAGCACGCUCCAAGCUCCGUCGGCAAGAGGGCAUCUCCCGCUUCUACAUUAUCCAGGUGGUUUUCCGUAAUGCCCUAGAAAUUGGGUUCCUGGUAGGCCAAUACUUCCUUUAUGGCUUCAGUGUCCCUGGACUGUAUGAAUGUGACCGCUACCCCUGUAUCAAGGAGGUAGAAUGCUAUGUUUCCCGGCCCACAGAGAAAACAGUCUUCCUUGUAUUCAUGUUUGCUGUGAGUGGCAUCUGUGUUGUCCUCAAUCUGGCUGAACUCAACCACCUGGGCUGGCGCAAGAUUAAGCUGGCUGUGCGUGGUGCACAGGCCAAGAGGAAGUCAGUCUAUGAGAUCCGCAACAAGGACCUGCCUCGGGUCAGUGUUCCCAAUUUUGGCAGGACUCAAUCAAGUGACUCUGCCUAUGUGUGA